AUGAGGGUGCUUCUACUAGCUCUUGCUGUGGCCCUCACAGGUGAGCAGGAAUUAUUUACAACUAAAUCCCCAGGAUUCGCCUCUGUUAAGACCUACAUGUACAAAUAUGAAGCGGUUCUUAUGGGCGGCCUGCCUGAAGAGGGCCUGGCUCGAGCUGGAGUUAAAAUCCAGAGCAAAGUUUUGAUCAGUGCAACAAGUGCCAACGACUACAUUCUGAAGCUUCUAGACCCUCAGUUGCUGGAGUACAGUGGCAUCUGGCCCAAAGAUCCUUUCCAUCCGGCCACCAAGCUCACCACAGCCCUGGCUACUCAGCUCUCGACACCGAUCAAGUUUGAGUAUGCAAAUGGCGUUGUCGGGAGACUGGCUGCACCUCCUGGGGUCUCCACAACAGUGCUGAAUAUCUACAGGGGAAUCAUCAACCUCCUGCAGCUGAAUGUAAAGAAGACACAGAAUGUCUACGAGAUGCAAGAGUCUGGAGCUCACGGUGUGUGCAAGACCAACUAUGUCAUCAGGGAGGACGCGAGGGCCGAACGCAUUCAUCUGACCAAGACCAAGGACCUGAACCACUGCCAGGAGAAAAUCAUGAAGGACAUCGGCUUGGAACACAUAGAGAAAUGCCAUGAAUGUGAAGCUAGAGGAAAGAGCCUGAAAGGAACUGCUUCCUAUAACUACAUCAUGAAGCCAGCACCCAGUGGUUCUCUGAUUAUGGAGGCUGUCGCUAGAGAGGUCAUCGAGUUCUCACCUUUCAACAUUUUGAAUGGCGCUGCUCAGAUGGAGUCUAAGCAAAUUCUGACCUUCCUGGAUAUCGAGAACACCCCCGUGGAUCAUGCCAGAUACACCUAUGUUCACCGCGGAUCCCUGCAGUACGAGCACGGCAGUGAGAUUCUCCAGACACCCAUCCAUCUUCUGAGGGUCACCCACGCCGAGGCUCAGAUUGUCAGCACUCUGAACCACCUGGUAGCCUCCAACGUGGCCAAGGUCCAUGAAGAUGCCCCUCUGAAGUUUGUUGAGCUCAUCCAGGUGAUGCGUGUGGCCAGAUUUGAGACUAUUGAGUCCCUCUGGGCUCAGUUUAAAUCUAGACCUGAUCACAGGUACUGGUUACUGAAUGCUGUCCCCCACAUUCGCACUCACGCUGCGCUUAAGUUCCUCAUUGAGAAGCUUCUUGCUAAUGAGUUAAGUGAGACUGAAGCUGCUAUGGCUCUCUUGGAAUGUCUGCACUCUGUGACAGCUGACCAGAAAACCAUUGAACUUGUCAGAAGCCUGGCUGAGAACCACAGAGUGAAACGUAACGCUGUGCUCAACGAGAUUGUGAUGCUGGGCUGGGGCACUGUAAUUUCCAGAUUCUGUAAAGCGCAGCCAUCUUGCUCAUCUGAUCUUGUGACACCUGUACAUAGACAAGUUGCAGAGGCUGUUGAAACAGGUGACAUCGAUCAGCUCACUCUCGCUCUCAAAUGCCUGGAUAACGCUGGACAUCCCGCUAGCCUUAAGACACUCAUGAAGUUCCUGCCUGGCUUUGGCAGUGCUGCUGCCCGAGUCCCACUCAAAGUUCAGGUUGACGCUGUUCUAGCCCUGAGGAGAAUUGCAAAGAGGGAACCCAAGAUGGUCCAGGAAAUAGCUGCUCAGCUGCUCAUGGAAAAGCAUCUCCACGCAGAACUCCGUAUGGUUGCUGCCAUGGUGCUCUUUGAGACUAAGCUCCCCGUGGGUCUAGCAGCUAGCAUUUCCACCGCCUUGAUCAAAGAAAAGAACCUGCAGGUCGUUAGCUUUGUCUACUCUUACAUGAAGGCCCUGGCCAAGACCACAUCCCCUGACCACGCUUCUGUUGCUGCAGCAUGUAAUGUUGCCUUGAGGUUCCUCAACCCCAAAUUAGGCAGACUGAGCUUCCGCUACAGCCGAGCCUUCCAUGUGGAUACCUAUAACAAUGCCUGGAUGAUGGGUGCUGCCGCCAGCGCUGUCUUAAUUAACGACGCUGCAACUGUGUUACCAAGAAUGAUAAUGGCCAAAGCCCGUACUUACAUGGCCGGAGCUUAUGUUGAUGCUCUUGAGGUUGGAGUGAGGACUGAGGGAAUCCAGGAGGCUCUUUUGAAAAGACGACAUGAAAAUUCUGAGAAUGCAGACAGGAUCACCAAGAUCAAACAAGCCAUGAGAGCUCUUUCUGAGUGGAGGGCUAAUCCUUCGAGCCAGGCCCUGGCCUCUAUGUAUGUGAAGGUCUUUGGACAAGAAAUUGCAUUUGCCAACAUUGACAAAUCCAAGGUUGACCAGCUUAUCCAGUUUGCAAGCGGACCUUUGAGAAACGUAUUCAGAGAUGCUGUAAAUUCUGUGCUGUCUGGUUACGCAACACAUUUUGCUAAACCAAUGCUGCUCGGUGAGUGCCGUCGCAUCCUUCCCACCACUGUUGGGUUGCCCAUGGAGAUCAGCCUCAUUACAUCCGCUGUGACUGCUGCAUCUGUUGAAAUCCAAGCCACUGUGUCACCACCUCUGCCUGUCAACUACCGAGUUUCCCAGCUUCUGGAGUCCGAUAUCCAACUGAGGGCUACAGUUGCUCCAAGUGUUGCCAUGCAGACCUAUGCAGUCAUGGGUGUGAACACCGCCUUAAUCCAGGCUGCAGUGAUGACAAAAGCCAAAGUUUACACAGCUGUUCCUGCACAGAUAAAAGCAAGGAUUGACAUUGUUAAGGGCAACUUGAAGGUUGAGUUCCUGUCUCUCCAGGGCAUUAACACAAUUGCAUCUGCACACGCUGAGACGGUUGCCAUUGCAAGAAAUGUGGAAGACCUCCCAGCCGCAAGAAGCACACCACUGAUCUCGUCUGAGGCUGCAUCACAGCUUUCAAAGGCCUCUCUCAACUCAAAGAUCUCCAGGAUGGCAUCAUCUUUGACUGGUGGCAUGGUAAGUUUGUCUGCGUCAUCUGAAAUCAUUCCUGCUGACCUGCCAAGUAAGAUUGGGAGGAAAAUGAAAUUCCCUAAAACCUACAGGAAGAAAAUUCGUGCUUCAAGCAGAACGCUAGGAUUCAAAGCCUACGCUGAGAUUGAAUCUCACAAUGCUGCCUACAUCAGAGACUGCCCUCUCUACGCUCUGAUCGGAAAGCAUGCUGCUUCUGUUAGGAUUGCUCCAGCUUCUGGACCAGUCAUUGAGAAGAUUGAAGUUGAGAUUCAGGUCGGAGAUAAAGCAGCAGAAAAUAUGAUUAAAGCGAUUGACAUGAGCGAAGAGGAGGAAGCUCUUGAGGAUAAGAAUGUCCUCUUGAAAAUAAAAAAAAUACUGGCACCUGGCCUCAAGAACACCACAUCAUCUUCCUCCAGCUCCUCCAGCUCCUCUUCAUCCAGCUCUAGCUCCAGCAACAGAAGCAGCAGCAGUAGCAGCAGCAGCAGCAGCAGCAGCAGCAGCAGCAGCAGCAGUAGCAGUAGCAGUAGCAGCAGCAGGAGUAGCAAGAAAAGCAAGAGCAGCAAGAGCAGCAAGAGCAGCAACAGCAAGUCAUCAAGCUCUAGCAGUCACAGCAGUGCCCGCAGCUUCGAUUCCAUCUAUAAUAAGGCCAAGUACCUCGCUAACACACUCACUCCUGCCAUGUCCAUUGCAAUCCGUGCCGUGAGAGUCGACCACAAGGUUCAGGGAUACCAGCUAGCAGCUUACCUGGACAAACAGACCAACAGACUGCAGCUGAUUUUUGCCAGAGUCGCUGAGAAGGACAACUGGAGAAUCUGUGCCGAUGGUGUGCAGCUGAGCUCGCACAAGCUGAUGGCCAAGAUUGCCUGGGGUGCUGAAUGCAAGCAAUACUCCACCAUGAUUGUAGCUGAAACUGGUCUUUUGGGUCAUGAGCCCGCAGCCCGCUUGAAGCUGACCUGGGACAAACUGCCAGGAAGCAUAAAGCGCUACGCAAAGAGGGCGUUGAAAUCCAUUGUCCCUAUUGGUCAAGAAUAUGGAGUAAACUACGCAAAGGCCAAGAAUCCUCGUAAUCAGAUCAAACUGACUGUAGCUGUUGCUACUGAGACAAGCGUGAAUAUUGUGCUGAACACACCAAAGGCGAUCGUUUACAAGCGUGGGGUGUGUCUACCUGUUGCUUUACCUAUUGGAAACACUGCCGCCGAGCUGCAAGCAUCCCGGGACAACUGGGCUGACAAGAUGUCCUAUUUAGUUACCAAAGCUAACGCAGUUGAAUGCUCCCUCAUCAACAACACGCUGACCACAUUCAACAACAGGAAAGCUAGAAAUGAGCUGCCACACUCGUGCUACCAGGUCUUGGCUCAGGAUUGCACACCGGAACUCAAAUUCAUGGUUCUGCUGAAGAAAGACCAAAUACAGGAUCAGAACCAGAUCAAUGUUAAGAUUUCAGACAUCGAUGUGGACAUGUAUCGGAAGAACAACGCUAUUGUGGUGAUGGUUAACGGAGUUGAAAUCCCUAAAAGCAACCUGCCAUACCUGCAUCCAUCAGGUAAGAUACAGAUCAGACAGUCAAAUGAAGGCAUUGCUCUCAAUGCACCCAGCCAUGGUCUUCAGGAGGUCUUCCUUGGCUUCAACGAGCUGAGGGUUAAAGUUGCAGACUGGAUGAAAGGAAAGACUUGUGGAGCCUGUGGAACGGCAAGCGGAAAUGUCGGAGACGAGUACCGCACACCCAGUGAACAGGUGACCAAGGAUGCCAUCAGCUACGCCCACUCCUGGGUUCUGUCUUCAAACACCUGCCGUGAUCCCUCCGAGUGUUCCAUCAAGCAGGAAUCUGUGAAGCUGGAGAAGCAGGUGAUCUUUGAAGGUGUGGAGUCCAAAUGCUACUCUGUUGAGCCCGUGCUGCAGUGCCUGCCCGGCUGUAUCCCAGUGAGAACCACUACCGUCAACGUUGGCUUUCACUGCCUGCCCAGUGACACGACUGUGAACCGUUCUGGUCUGAGCAGCUUCUUUGAGAAGAGCAUCGACCUGAGGGAUACUGCAGAAGCCCACCUGGCCUGUCGCUGCACUCCUCAGUGUGCUUAA